AUGACAACUAUAGAUAAAAAGUUAAUACAGAUUAAGAUUGCUGAUAUGCCAGAUUUUAUGCAAACCGAUGCAAUUGAAAUCACUGCCAAAGCAUUUGAAGAACAUACAGUGGAAAAAGAAAUUGCUAUGACCAUCAAAAAAGAGUUUGACAAGAAAUAUACACCAACAUGGCAUUGUAUUGUAGGAAAGAGUUUUGGUUCAUUUGUGACACAUGAAACAAAGAACUAUCUUUAUUAUAUCGUCGGACAACAUUCAGUAUUAUUGUUCAAAGCAGGAUAA